AUGAAAUGAUAAAGCAAUUUCCACAUACCAAUGAAUCUUAGUAGUGAUGUCUAAUGCAUACGAAGGUAGGUAUCUGCCUGUCUUAUGCUAACCACACACAGUAAAAUAUACCCAUAUGCCUGCAGCGCUGCCGGCAUGACGUCCGGUAAAACUCAUCGUGUGUUGGCUGUGGAUUUCAGCUUUUCACAAAUCCCGCGGGAACCAUGGAUGUUGUUAUAUCAAAUCAAAAUCAAUCGAUCAUCUAUUAAAAAAACCGCAACAAAAUCCGUUGCGUAGUUUUAAAGAUAUAAGCAUACAUAGGGACAGAGAAAGCGACUUUGUUUUAUACUAUGUAGUGAUGAUAUCGAUAUACAUAUUUCGGACCCUUAUUCUAUGUACUAGGUCUUUGAUCAACGACCCUAUUAGUUUUACCGGACAUCAUGCUGGCAGUGCUACAGGCAUGUAGGUUUAUUGGACCAUCGGUAUUUGGACCGUGGGUAGCUAGCAUAAUGAAACGUGAUUUUUAUGCAAACUUAACCUUGAACUAUUGGCCAAAAUUAUUAUGAUCACCGGUUGCUUGCCUACUUUGAUGGGUCUAGUAGCAAAGUAAUUAGGUAAGUCAUUAUUAUAAUAUUGACUUAUAUUUUAGCAUAUAACAAAAUAGUCGUAAUUUAGGUGAGGUGUUUAGAGGGGAGGGGGUCGAGCUGCAGUGGCGGUCACUUCAUAGUUGCAAAAAAGCACGGCCUACCCUAAAGACUCAAUACAUACCUAUGUUAGACCACAGAAUAGACGAGGAAUUUUCCAAUUUUUACUUAUAGGCACAUAUUGUAGUGUUUGCACACUCUCUGGGUGAUCGGUUGAUCACUCGGCUUAUCACAUCCAGUUGUUUGAACACUGUAUCUACUUAGUACCUCGUGGUACGUACUGCUGUAGCACCAAAGUGCAACUAACUCCCCCUCUUGUCCGAGGCUUAUAUUUAUAGACUCAUCUAUUGACAGUCUAGGCUGUUGACAUAUACUACACAUAUCCUAGUUAAAACCCUUAAGCACGCCUCUGUCGAGCUGUGGUACCUAUAGGUAUCUCCAUGACUUUCGCGAUGUAUCAUCUCUGUGACAGAUAAAAUCUCUAGCCAGCGAGCCAAGAUUCUAGAGAUCUCUAGAUAAUCAUAGAAAUGAAUGGUAUUUUUAAGAUUCUAUAGGGCGUCGAAGAUUUUUGCGUAUAAUCAAAAUGCAGAAUUCCCCAAAAUCAAAUCAAAUGAUGACAUUUUGAUUGUUUUGUAAAAUUCUGCACUUUCGUAACGACAUCUCCUGGGGGACGAGGCCUGAAAUCCACAAAAUAAAGGCUUCAUAAAUCGUGAGUUAGUAACUUUACACUGUAAUACCUCAGGUAAUUAAAAAAAAAACACAGAAAUAUUUCGUUUGACCUACGAGCUACGAGGAAGUUUAUCCCUGUCUACCCGAUAAAAGUAACGUACCUAUUUAACGUAACACUUCAAAUUCAGAAUCACUAUGGUCCAAAUUCAGAAAAAUCUUAGGAUAAACCAAGUUCUAUUUUGAUCACAGACUUUGAAAUUAACAAAAAUAUAUAAUAAAAGCAAAAUAUAACUACCGGUCAAACGUUAAGUUCAAAUAAAACGUAAUUUUUCAUUAGUUGUGUUGCAGGUGUUUCUAAUUUAUACAAAUUAAUUCGAUAUUUUUUGUUAAAUCAGGUUUCGCCUCUAUUCGUUAUGUUCCUAAAUCUGUCUUAUUUUACACUGUUCGUUUACAUUUUACAAUAGCAAGAAUUAAAAUAGGUAGAUACAGUUUUACUAUGUAACUAAUUUUAUGUUACAACUAAAUAAUAAAUAAUUUUUGAAUAGGUAAAGGUAUUUAAAUUUUCACAUUUCUGAGCGUACUUUUUAAAAUAAUAGGCUGAAUACAUCUCAGCCUUUGCCUUAUCAUUUCUUGCGCCAAAAAAAAAAAGUUGUGCGUCAUUUUUAUGUAUUUUUUCUGGUAAUUGAUAACGAUAAUUUUAUAAAUUACAAAGAAUAAUAAUGGCUAGUGAUUCAGUUUUGAAAUAUUUAAUCGAUACGAAUAGGCCAUAUUCCUGUGCAGAUGUCACCGUUAAUUUAAGAGGAGCGUACACGAAAGGUGCAGUUCAAAAAGCUCUCGAUGCUCUGAGUGAAUCGGGUAAAAUAAAAUGUAAAUUGUAUGGAAAACAAAAAGUUUACGCAGCCUUGCAAUUGGAAAAUGUGCAAGAAAAUACUGACACAGAAGAUUACGAUGCUCAAAUAAGCAGCCUAUCAAAUAUUCUAAACGACAAGAACGCAGAUUUGAAAAAAGCGGAGGCAAAUAUCAAAAACCUUACAUCUGCUCCCACAAACGAUAUGACGAAAUCAGAAUCAGCGAAAAUAAAAGAUAACAUAGACAAACUAGAAAAAAAGUUGAACGUUCUACGUGACACAACGGAAGUAUUGAGCGCUGACGAAAAAAAAAUUAUUUUAAGUGAACACGAAAAGUAUCUAAAGGAGUAUAGGAAACGCAAGAGAAUCUGUUCUGAUAUGUUAGAAGCGGUAUUGGAGGGUUAUCCAAAAUCCAAAAAGAACUUUUUAGAAGAGCUUUGUAUAGAGACUGACGAAAUGGUUAACUUUCAAUUGAAAACGACCUAGUUUUAUAUAUGACGUAAAUAAAUAAUUUAAUGUACUUAAUACCAAUCGACGUUUUAUUUAUCUAAGUACUUACAAAGUGUUGUUAAGUUAUAAGUUGUAUAGUAGUGCUAUUGGAAUGAAUUCAUUAUUGAAGAGAAAUUAGGUAAACAGUCUAAUACAAAAAUUUUCCAAAUCAGUUCAGGCGAAAAAAUCAUACCAAUACUUAAAAUAAAAACCUCCUCCUUUUUGAAGACUGUUAAUAAUUUAAACCUGCUGCGCUGCCGUUUGCGUGGAGAAAGGGAAGCCAGACAGACUAGCGCCGUAACGCGUUACGUUACGAAGCAGUUUACAUUUUUAUAAGAAGUUAUUACUUGAAAAAUGCUAACCAUAGGACAUGCCAUGGCAAAAAAAAACUAAAAAACUAAAUUUCCGGAGCAUGGAAUCGAACCCGGAAUCUUUCUAAUAAUGAAAAAAGAAUACUUAGAAACUCAUCUAUAAACGGUAGAUUUUAUUGAAAACAGCUGUGGUCAGAUCAUGUAUGACUAAUAAAAAAAAAUCUAUUAAUACAAAGCUUACCUAGAUUUGAAUAUUAAUUAAGGAGGAUUUUUCUUGUGAUUUGUUUAUAUAAUUUAUAAGCCAUAAAACCGUUUCCAUUCAAAUAAAAUUUGUCUUCAGUAAAUUAGUCACUCUUUAAAACAUGUAUAUUUACUACCUGUGUACUGGGGUUUCA